AUGGCGUUCACUACAUCAGCGACCACCACAUCAAGUGAUAUUGCAAAAUGCAGUGUUUUUGCUGUUUGUUGGCUCAAGGAGGGUGGCAAGCAGCCCACAUCUUCCUGUUUGCCGCAAUUUGCACUCAUCUCGAGCCUGCUAGCUAUGAAGCACCUCCUCCAUGUCCUGGUGAGAGACGAGAGGCGUAGAGCAAGCAAUAUAUCUCAAGCAAUGCCAUGUCUUGCAGUAGUCUGGAGAACACACGAUGAAUUGGAGCUGUCGUAUCUGGAUACUGAGAAGUCUGCUGAGCCAGGCAACAAUCUCGUUUCGAAGGCUGCUGGAUGCUCGGCGCAUGGUGAUGGUUCUGUCCUGCGAAAAUUUGAUUCGCUGCGUUCUUUGACUAGUGUUCUAGAUAUUGGAACUCCACAGAAAAAGGAAUACUUUCUUUGUGCAGAAACUCCCAGCGCUGCAAGAGCAUGGGUAUCCACUUUACAUGCGACUCAGUUGGUACUACAGGCUCAUAAGGAGGCUGUGAAUUCAUUGGGUGAGAAUGGUCCUGCAAAAUUGGGAACAGUUGCAACUAUUGUGGCUGUAGCCAAUGCCACGGCAAUUGAAGCAACAAAGGAGGUACAGGCUGCAAUGAAGAUUUCCCUGCGGGCAACUUUGGGCACAACUACAAAUAAACUUACCAAAGGCCAAUUAGAUGAUCUCACAAUAAUGAUGGAUAUUCGUGCACGUGAUUCUACCAUCAAUGAAAUUGCAGAAAAGUUACAGGAGACUGCAGAAGCAGCUGAAACUGCUGCUUCUGCAGCACGUUCAAUUGAUGAAGAGAGAAGAUUUUUUACGUCAGAACUUGAACGUCUGAAACAAGACCAUGAGAAACAAGUUGAAGCAUCUUUGCUUAGGUUAAGGGAAUCGGAGGAGAAAGCAAAGCUUCUUGUUGAAGAGAGAGAUCGUUUGCUAACAGAGAGAGAUUCUGCUCUUCAAGAAGCUCAGAUGUGGCGCUCAAAACUAGGAAAAGCUAGAGGAAAUGCUGUAAUUCUAGAAGCAGCUGUUGUCAGAGCUGAAGAGAAAGCUAGGGUCUCAGCUGCUGAUGCUGACAUCCGCAUAAAAGAAUCCAUGAGCCGAUUUGAGUCUGCCAUCAAAGAAAAGGAGGAUCUCCUAGCCCUUGAGGAUGCUCUACAAUCUCAAAUACAAAGGCAAGAGACUAGCACAAUACAGGUUUGUGAAGAGAGCUCGGAGCUCUGCACUACUGCUUCGAAGCACAUGGAAGACGAUAAUGUUGAUAAAGCUUGCGUAAGUGAUACAGAUCCAAUACCAGUUACGGAGAACAUUGUUGAGUUGGAUGACGAGGGAGUUGAUAUCCCUACAGUCGGGGACACUGAGUGGGAUAAUCCCCAUUCUUCUGAAGUGUCUGAUGUAAGGGUAGUAUCCACAGAACCCGAAGAAAACAGCUUGGAUAUUCCUGUUGAUACUUGA